AUGACGACCAUACCGCAAGCUUUCAGCCAACAAAUGGUUGAAGCGAUGCUGGCGAAGAUAGACUACUCAGUAUUCUGUAAAGCUGCCGCGUCCCUCGGUCUGCAGGUACCGCAAGACGCGGCAAACCUCGAUGAAGAAGGGUACCGCCUCAUUCACCACGCGCUGUUCGAGGUCCACGUCAUUGAGGGUGAACUGCACUGUCCCCUCUGUCAGACCGUGUACCCCGUCAGCAACGGCAUUCCGGACUUCGUGCACUGA